CUAGCUCUGAAUUAAAGAUAUUGAGCUAUGUCUUUAUCAUCAUAUCUAUCGGUUCAAAUAAUCAAUCUAUAGCUAUGCACUAAGAUUGAACUUGACAAGCCUCUUGAAAUAUGAAGUCCCCAAGUACAUGCAUCCUCUCUGCCUAUGAACAAGAAAAACUCAUGGACAAGCUCAGUAUCUUCAAGAUUCAAGGUCAGGAUAAACGUGGACACAAACUCCUUCGCAUAAUUGGAAAUCUCUUUCCCGCAAGGCUAGUGAGUGCGGAGGUACUGAGAAAGUACAUGAAUGAAAAAGUGUUUCCGAGGUUAAGCAAUGAUGGAGAUGAGGUGAAGCCGUUCAGUGUAGUGUACAUGCACACGGGAGUUGAAUGGAGGGAAAACCUUCCGGGAAUAAUGGCUGCACGAUCAAUCAACAAUGCUAUUCCGGUGAAUAUCAGAAGUAAUCUCCAAGCUAUCUAUUUUGUACAUCCUGACUUGCAGUCCCGCGUGUUUUUAGCAACCUUCGGUCGUCUUCUUUUCUCCCAAGAGUUGUACUCCAAAGUGAUUUACAUGAGUCGAUUGCAAUUUCUGUGGAAGCACAUCAGAAGGAACGAGAUGGAAUUGCCAGAGUUCAUUAGCAACUAUGACAAAGCGCUUGAUUCAUGUCGUCGACGUAGACUUCCAUUGGCGGAUUAUAGCCUGGAAUUCCAUGACCGGAAAAACCAAGUUCACAGUGUUGCGGCAUAUUUGGAAUCUCCUAUUUCUACUUUCUCCAUAAGGCGUAUUGGCUAGUGCCUAAUGAUGAUAAAUCAAUUGCCUCAAAAUGAAUCAAGACAAGAGUGGUUUACCUAGACUUGAAUCUUUUCGCUUGCUUGAUGAUAUCAAUAUUACUAGCAAGUUCAGAAUGGAUGGACAAUAAGUUGUGUUUCAA